UCGUCCUCGUGUGAUCUCCGCCGCUUCUCUUCUCCCCCAUUCCGCACGCCUCGCAAGGCGAAGGGAGGGGAGAGAGAGAGAGGAGGGGACGAGACCGCGGCGAUGGUGAUGCAGCAGGUGCAGGUGCUGAAGGAGGUCUCCGCCCUCCUACGAGGCAAGGAGACCCCCGUGAUUCUCGACCUGGAGGAAUCGCUUCGGGCCAAGGGCGACAUGACCCAGGGUGAGGAGGUCAAGAUCUAUGCAAGUAAGGUGACCGCGGUCCUGUGCAAGGCCUUCGCCACCGCGACGUCCGCUUUAGUCGGGUAUCAUGUUCUCGGUGUCGGAGCAAAAUUAUUAGGCAAUCCACCUCUUCCUCGGAUACCAAGAAUUGGCAUGGCUGCUGGCAGUGCAUGGAUUGUUGGAAAGUUUGCAUAUUAUACCGCCUUGCAAGCAAGUCCUAUUUUCAUUUUGGAAGGUGGAGAAGAGCGCAUGAAGAUGGAGCUAGCUAACAUAAUACUUACUAAGCAUAAUGAUGAAAAGACACUGGUUGAAGCUGUAAAACAACACUUCUUUGCUGAGCAUCUGUUUAGUGAUCAGUAUCAAGAUAUGCCACUUUUCAGGUGGCGUCUACGCCAUACUUAUGUUGACAGCACUUUUAUGGAAAGGGUGAAGGAGAUCGAAGUUAAGAACUCAAGUAAUGGGUCUGGUUCAAUUUCUGGACACAGAACUACAAACACUAGAUCAUUUGGAGACCUCAUGGAGGAUCCACUGGCUUGUAUACUUGGUUCUCCAGACGGCGACAUAGAAAACAAGAAGUCUGCGGAGAACACGGGUACUAUUGUGAAGAGAAGGGAGGUGCGAGCUCAUAGAAGAAGUCACCGGCAUCAUCAUCGACACACUGACAAAGUUUCUGCCCAAUGAUUUGCGAUACAUAUAUCAGAGACUGAGAGGUGUGAAAUUGUGAAUGCUGGUAGGAUUAUCCAUCGGACUUCCAGUCGCAGGCAACCGAUAGGAGUAGGUUUUCUGGGAUGAAUAUCAGCGUCCACGAGCAAAAUGAAUUUCAUAGGGAUGUUUGAUGUUUCUGCCAUGUCUGGGAAGUUUCUGUUUGGCGCAUUUUAGCGUUCAACUUCUCCAAAAACAUGUGUAUAUGGGGUUGCAAUUUGAUCGUUGCAAAUUGCCUGAAACCUAAUGUGCCCGUCUGCAGUUCUGCGCUGGUGCAUUUACGCAUUACAGCCUUCUAGUUCAACUGAAGCAUGUGUUUACCUUUGUUCUUUUCCUGGUUGAAAAAUGCUUCAUGCUGGAUGGGUCGA